UCGAAGACUCGAAAGCAAACAUACAGAGUGUUUGAUAAAAUUCUGUGUGAAAUUUGUGAGUGCAAUUUGGAGUGUUUCAAUGGCGUCGAGGCAAGCCAAGGAGAAGAGAGCCGAGGCCGCAGCAAGGCUCGCAGCGGAUGAGUUGAGAGACGUGAACAAAGGCCGAGUCUAUGAAGAAAAAACAAAGAUUGAGACUACUUAUACGCCUACCGAUGAGCUGGGGAGGCCAGCAGAGCAAGUGCAUGAAGAGACGCCUGGGGUGAUCGGGUCGGUGCUGAAGACGGUGACUGGGAAGCUAGAGCAAGCGAAGGAUGCUGUGGUGGGGAAAAGCCACGAUGAAAGUCAUGUUGAAGAGAAGGCCAAAGAGACCACGGGCGCCGCGGGGGAGAAGAUAAAUGAGUACACGGGUACCGCGGCUGAGAAGGCGAAACAGUCAAAGGAUACAGCAGCUCAAAAAGCCAAGGACGCAAAGGACACGGCAGCUCGAAAAGCCAAGGAGGCGGAGGACACAACAAUGGGGAAAACAAGUGAGUAUACUGGUUAUGCAGCACAGAAGACCAAGGAGACUAAGGACGCAGCAGCUCAAGAGGCCGAGGAGGCAAAGGACACGACAAUGGGGAAAACAAAAGAUUAUACAGGUUAUGCUGCUGACAAGACAAAAGAGACCAAGGAUUAUGCUGCUGAAAAGGCUAAGGAGGCCGCCGAGAAGGCGAAGGAGACGAAAGACUCGGCAAUGGGGAAAGCUGGUGAGUAUACAAACUAUGCCGCUGAGAAAGCAAAGGAGGCAAAAGACGCAACAAUGCAGAAAACAAAGGAUGCUAAAGACACGACUGUUGGGAAAGCAAGCGAGUAUACAAAUUAUGCUGCGGAGAAGGCCAAGGAGGCCAGAGACACAACAGCCGAGAAGGCCAAUGAGACCAAGGACUACACAGAUGAGAAAGCAAAAGAAGGGAAGGACACGACUGUGAGUAAGUUGGGCGAGCUGAAGGACACUGCUGCCGGCGCUGCUCGAAAAGCCAUGGACUACUUGUCUGGUAAGAAAGAGGAGACCAAGAAGAAGGCUGCCGAGACUGCAGAGCAAACAAAAGAUAAGGCUGCCGACACUACUGAGAAAACAAAAGAAAAAACUUACGAGACUGCAGAGAAAACCAAGGAGAAGUUGAGCGAGACUGAGGAGGAAGCAAGGAGAAAGAUGGAGGAAUUGAAGGUGGAAGGGAAAGAGUACAAGGACGAAGCUGGUGGUAGAUCCCGUGAGGCACGUGACAUUGAGGCUGAGAAAGGGAAGGCAGCCAAGGGAAAUAUAUUGAGCUCAUUUGGCGGCGUGACCGGUGCCAUUAAAAGCAAGUUAACUUGGCCAACCGAUGUUGUGGAGAGGGAGGAGGUUGAUGUGGCGGAGACCAGGCCAGGUGAGGUGGCGGGUAAGCUCUAUUCGUCUGACCAGAUGCAUGGUCAAAAUUUCAACGACGUGGGUCGUUUGGAUGGAGGAGGAAAAGCGCGCGUGGAGGUGCGCAUUGAUGACGACGGAAAAGUGAGGGUGGAGAGCCCGGGUAAAAUGUGAUCGCGUCCACCAUGUGUAGUGUGAAGCUGACCUUGUAAUGGUGGUGUCGUGCUUUUGUUUUUUGUGUCGUAUUUUGGGUAUGUUUUUUGUUUUUCUUUUUGUUUUUAAGCUACAUAAGCUCUGCCUUCUGAUGUAUAACAUCUUACAUGACCCAUGACUCAUCACUCGUGUGUUGUGAAAGGAAAUAGUAUUUUGCGUUCUUUAGUU